AUGAUGUAUGCAUUCAGUUUCUGCAAUGAACCCCAGCUGGUUGAUUUUUCUUUUCGGCUUGGCGACUGCAUUAAAGAAAAUGCGCUUUGCCACAUCGACACACGAAAUGGCGAAGCUGCUGCAACUCGAAGACGAUUUAAUCCUGGAUAUGAGGCAAUAUGUGGAAGCCCUUCAGCUUAAAAUUAAUACAAUGAGAUUGUUUCAAAAAGAAUGGGAGAAUCGACUAGAUCAGGCAGACGAAAAUCCAACAACUCAUGUUGCGAAUCCACUCGUAAGUUUUCCUCUCGUUCGACGAAUGCAUAUGGACACCCCAAAGUUGUUUAAAUUUGCUAGAGAGGAUGUAAGCUAUGAGAAAUUUUUGGGCCAUAAUUUGGACCAUAUUAAUUUAAUGGAACUUCAAGAAGCUGCUGAUGGGUUUUUCCAAUUUCUCAACAUUUAUAGCCUAAAUGAAAAUGAGGUGGCUAAUGGAAAAUUAUAUGGCAAGCAGUAUAAUGUUAGAUUAAGUGCAGCCGAUUGCUUUGCUUUGGGAAACCACUUGGAGCGCCUCAAACUAGGCAACCAGGCUGUCAAAUGGUUUAAUAUAUCCCUUGAGCAGUAUGACGAUAGUUUGGAUCCUGUCUAUAAGAUAUUAGAAUCAAGUCGUUCUCAAAUUUGGCAGUAUAUGGGACUAACGUUAGUAAAAAUGCAAAAACUGCCAGAGUCACAUGCAGCUUUCAAAAAAUCCUUAGAACUAACCGCAGAAGAUGAUCACGUCUGGUCGGUUAACCACUUGGCUAAUAAUUUGGGCCACAUGUUUAUUCAUUUGGAGACGUGUCGUGGUAGGAAUACGGUUCCAAAAAAAUUUUAUUUGCGUUGCCGCUACUUCACAGAAGGAGACCCUUUCCUUCAAUUGGCUCCUCUUAAGCUAGAGCAGCUUAAUCUGGAUCCUUUUAUUGGGAUUUUUCAUGAUGUAAUUUCCAUAGGCGAGCAGAAGAAUUUAAUUAAUCUUACAAGAAAUCGAUUAAGACUACAAAAUCCGCAAAGAGCGGUUAUGGAAGCCGAAGUUGAAUUGAAUGCUUCGAAAGAGGUUGAAAGGAUUCAUCGAAGGAUUGAGGACAUGACUGGACUUAAUUUGGAAGAAAGUCCGCCACUGACUAUCUUAAAUUAUGGUAUAGGAGGUCAGCACCCUAUUCAUUUGGAUUGUGAGCAAUUUAUGGAUUUCGGAGAGCCCCAACCCCAAUCGUAUACUUCGGCCAAGGUUCUAUUUUAUCUGAGUGAUGUGCAAAUGGGCGGUUAUGCCUCCUUUCCGGAACUUGGCUUUGGCUUCAAGCCCUCUAGAGGUUCCGCUUUGGUAGUUCACAACAUGGAUAACGCUGCUAAUUGCGACAUUCGCAGCUUGCAGGCUACCUGUCCUGUGCUUCUUGGAACCCACUGGGUGGCCAGCAAGUGGAUCAGUGGGUCAGGACAAUGGCGCAGGAAGCCCUGUCGGAUGUAAAGAUAAAUGCGAUUUUCCAUUUGGUUUUUCUUUUUCCACUUUGCGAUAAUUUAUUCAAUAAUUUUGUCGGUAUUUAUAUUAUGAUAAUAAAUUUUAUGCACUA